AUGGCCACACCUCCCGCAUCUCCCGCAUCUUCCGCAUCUCCUGCAACUCCCAUAUCUCCCCUCAAGAAAAUCAUCAAUUUCAUCCGUCGUACUAACACUGGUGGCGGAGAUGGUGCUGAAGAACCUGGAUCGCCAGUGCCAAAAGGUGCAGCUAAAGGCGCAGCUAAAGGCGCAGCUAAAGGCGCAGCUAAAGGCGCAGCUAAAGGCGCAGCUAAAGGCGCAGCUAAAGGCGCAGACACUCCCAAGGACCCGAAACGAAAGCGUAAAGCCGACAAGGAUGACGAAGAAGAAGCCCCGGCUGCGAAACGUACCACUUCCACUGCACAAAGAACACUCGACAAAACUCGAGAAAAACUAAAUUUCAAGGGACCAAAGGGCUCAUCGACGAAUCCUAGUUCCCCACCACUAAAUCCAAACCUUCCCGUUUUACCGACGACCCCCAGGAAAACUAGCACAUACAUCGGUAGGGCUUCGUCGAGUUUUAACCCAGACCAAAUUCAGAUGUUCCACACAACACCCAAAAAGGCUGAGAUUGAUAAGUAUCGAGCGACGGGCAUUCAAUAUCAACAGUGGAUGGCCAACAGCAACCCAGCUGGGCCUCCAUGUCCAGUAGUCCAGUCUACGCUAACCAUAGCCGAUUUAACCCAAGCCGUUCCUCCCAAUAGCCCGGAAUUUAAUGUAUGGACAUCUGAAUUCGCUCCUCCACCGGGAGACAUCAGAGAGAGUCUCAGGUCGACAAAGCUUCCCAAUGAUCCGAAAACAAAAGAUUACCGCCUUUCAAGAUUACAACUCAAUAAAGUAGUCACUGUGCCCAGUUACGAGCAUUAUAUCGUGGAGGGUGCUAUAGUUGCUUCCUCGAUUUUUAGGAAAAAAACAGGUCCUCAAUGGGCUGACGUUGCGCUAGCUGUAUAUAAAAUGGAUGCCAAUAUCGACACCCUCCAACAUGUUUUCAUGACAGAAGUUGAGAAUGAGGAAACACUCCCCUUGGUGGCAAAGGUGCUCUAUAGAAACAACGAGGAGAUCCGAGACGAUGUUGACGAUACUCGUAUAACCCCAAACAUCCACACUUGGAAAAUGCAUGCUCCAGAAUUCGAGGAAAUCCUAGGGACACAGCUUGGAAGGGCUGUAUCUCGUCUUGUUCUAGCAGCUUGGCAACCAGGUACGCAUCGGAUCCCUAGAAUUUACACUUGGUUUUUGAGAGGUGACCUAAAUAUGCGGUUUGAUAUUGAGCGGAUUCCUAAGAAGGGCAGUAUUUUCGAGAAGAAGAAAAAAGCCCCCGCGCCCGGAAAAUAG